ACUUCCGGCUGUGGCUCGCAGGCUAACGGUGACUGAGCGAUCGCAGCCGGGGAGGCGGAGGAGCUACGAUGGUGCUGCUGGAGAGCGAGCAGUUCCUGACGGAGCUGACCAGGCUCUUCCAGAAGUGCCGGUCGUCGGGGAGCGUGUUCAUCACCCUGAAGAAAUAUGAUGGUCGUACUAAACCCAUUCCACGGAAAGGGUCUGUGGAAGGCUUUGAGCCUUCGGACAAUAAGUGUUUGUUAAGAGCGACUGAUGGAAAAAAGAAGAUCAGCACUGUGGUGAGCUCUAAAGAAGUGAAUAAAUUCCAGAUGGCCUAUUCUAACUUGCUGAGAGCCAAUAUGGAUGGGCUAAAGAAGAGAGACAAGAAGAGCAAAAACAAGAAGAGCAAAGCAACACAGUGAGGGACACUUGGAUUCCUGUUUUAUUUCACCUUUAAACAGAACUCUGAAGACGCUUGGCUGGUGGUACUGGCUUCUCUUAGCGCUGAAUGGCUUCAUGUGUAGGGGAGGGGGGCAUUACUUUAGUGGCAGAUCAUCAUUCAGUUAAUUUCAGGCUUAAUGUUUACAGGGGCAGCUGUGAUUAAAAAAGAAAAAAAGGCUUGCCCAAGUUGUAUAUAUAUAUAUGUAUAUAGCAUCCACCCAGCCUCACUCCCUCUACACUUUGUAGGAUACCUGACCUAUGGUUUGUUGAAGUCACUUUAGAGAGCUUUGUGAACAUAGCAAUGUAUUAUUAAAUCUCUUGAUAUACCUUUCUUGA